AUGGCAGCUGAGGAUUCAAGAAAACGCGCAAUGGACGCGUUGGAGAGAAGGUUUGCUGUCGCUGAAGCUGAGGUUCUGCAACAACAGAAGAGCAGCGAAAAGAGGCCGCGAUUAGAAGGAAGCAAAAGAGAAGGCAAAGGUUCUGCAGCCGCCGAUGCUCGGAAAGGGAAUUUCUUUUCUUCAAGUUACUUCUCUGCUCGAGAUAUGGAAGAUAGUGGUUUGACAUAUUCAGAAAUCUCUCAUCCUGUACAUGAUAAUCUGUUAACCACCAAUGCUGAGGUUCAGACUAAGAGAGGUGGGAACGCAGUGGAUAAGAUUUUGCACGAUCUUUUCCAACAUGGGGAUUCUGCGCAAAAGUAUAUGCAGGGAUCCAGAAGUAAAAGAAUUGAUAGUUGGAUACUGCUGGAUAAUUAUGUGCAAGGGCGCGGGAAAUCCAAGUCUUCUCGUGCUGAAGUCCUGCAAUCGCAGGCGAAGCGCUCUAAGACGCAUAUGUCCAUGAGGCAACAUAAGAAGUGUGGAUCUCUGGAGCUGCCUGAACAUCUACGGAAAUUUGAUGUCUUUAAGCCCAUGCAUGAGAUGUGGAAGGGAUAUAUGUCGCAGCUACUCAAGACCACUGGGGGAAAUCAUUUGGCUCAGUGUCUUCUUAGUGCAGACCUUCACGGUGCCAUUAUUGCAGUUGCCCAGUGUAAGAUAUCAUCUUUGACUGGAGUAAGUGGUAUUAUGAUCCGUGAAACUGCAGAGACAUUCGGGAUAAUUACACAAGAUAACAAGUUUAGAGUUGUCCCCAAAAAGCUUUCAGUUUUUAUAUUCCAAGCGGAUUCCUGGAAGAUAACACUGCAAGGAGACAAGCUCACUUCAAGGAAUGCCAGUGUGCAGUCUUAG